AUGGCUUAUUUACGAAGUGGGUUUGUCUCCUCCGAAAUCGUAGUUGGUCCAGAUUUCAAGAACUUUAACAGUGUUCUUCCAUGUGUGCUUGGGAUAGAUGAGGCUGGUCGUGGACCAGUUCUUGGUCCCAUGGUGUACGCUUGUGCGGUUUCACCAGUUGACAAGACAGAUCAGUUAAAAGAGCUUGGUGUCGACGAUUCAAAAUUGUUGACCGAAACAAAACGAUUAGAAGUCUUUAACAGUAUGGGAAAUCGCGACGAUGGGAAAAAGAUAGUCAGUUAUGCCUAUAAAGUUUUAUCAGCGAGGUUGAUCAGCUGUGCGAUGUUGCGGAGGUGCAAAUACUCACUUAAUGAAUUAUCCCAUGAAAGCGCUAUAGCAUUAAUAAAGGAGGCUUUGGAUAACAAUAUCAAUGUCACUGAGGUUUGUGCGCUUGUAACGGUAAAUGUGAUGGCUGGGUUUGGUCAGAUAAUUUCUUUAGAACAUUGCAGCGGAGAUGAGGAACAUACUUUACGUUUUAAAGAGAGGAACUUAGUUUCCGAAACACAUUUGUAA